AUGAGUGCUGUGUCCCGCAUUGACGUCAGGCAGAACGAUCGAGGCCUGCAGACAUGCUUCGACGCUGCCAACGUCCAAUCUACAUGGGCGGCUACGUUCUGCAAGCUGCACAAGCUGGAGACGUUGGACGAUUUUGUCUACCUCAUGGAUUCUAAGGACUGGGAGCAAAACCUCAAGGACCUGCUCAACGCCUCGAGUGACUUGAAGGACAAUAGACUCAUUUUGGCCAGGUUCAAGGCUGCCUACGAAAGCGGCGUCUCGGCCAUCAAGGCCAGUCAGGCGACUCAGAAAGUAGAGGACUCAGUGGACACAGUGCUGCCUGAAUCUACCCUUCAGGCUAUCACGAAGGACUUCGCCCGUCGGUAUGGUGUGGUCUUGGACCCCCAUCUGGACCCAAGUGAUAGUUUGCGCAGCCGUGUCUACAAAGAGUUCCGCCGCCAGACUAUGACAGUGUUGGAGACGAGACGCAUCAAGUCAAUGAUGCACAUCGCGGAGGAUGAAUCUGUGGUGAUCACCACCGCCAUCGAAUACUACUUUGCCCUGCGUACACUUUGCAACGCCUGGGCCUGGGCUGGCAACUUUGAAGCCACCGAUUUUGACGACACCAAGCACGUGGCCAGCAACCGCCGCCGGAGCCGGCUUGCCAAGCCACAUCUCACAACAGGCAAGCGCACCCUGAAUAGGGACAGCGCCGAUCCUCCACCAGUUUCCCUGAGUGCCCGCCUUGCCGCAGCAAAACCGGUCAUGCCCCAGAUCGUUCAUGUGGACGCUGUGGAGAAGGUGCAGGUGCGCGAUCUGCGGGAGUUUUUACGGCGCCGUAAAGUUAGGGGCAUUUUGGUAGGGGGUGGCUCUCCAUGCCAAGCCAAUAGUAGUCUCAAUGCUGGCAGACGGGGUUUAGGUGAUCUUAGAUCCCUUCAACCCCAAGUGCUUGCCCGCUUGGUGGAAGAUCUUUCCCAAGAACCUCUUUGUCAGGGUCUGGAAAUUAUUGCUUUUCUGGAAAACGUUCACAGCAUGCCCCUUCCGGUGUUGAAGCAGUAUUGUAGAUGGAUGAAAUCCAAUCCUGUUUCUGUGAACGCGGCGUCAUGUGGCUGGACACAACGACUGCGCCUCUUUUGGCUGUGCUCUCGCCGCCGGGGCCUCGAACCCAACAUCCCUCCACCAGAUGCAUGGCAAUGGGCACCUUGCCCUACCUCUCAUGGUAUUCCCGAGCUGGUUUAUUCAGGGGCCAAGGCGAUUCCCGCACGCUUGCAAUGUGAUGAUGGUUUCGCACCUAUGAUUGACCCGACUCAGGUGAUGAAGAACAGUGGGAAAGGAGCCAUGCACACUUUCACACGAGAGUUCUACCACCCCAACGACCGAGUCAAGCAGGUUUCCCCAGCUGCAGCGUCCCGGUUUGACGAAGACCUACGCAGGUUUCCUCCUGGAGCCUACGAGGAACACUCCCUGCUGUGGCAGAAGGAACAAUGGAGACAGCCUUCACCAACGGAACGGGCCCAACUCCUAGGGGUUCCCCCAGCAGCGGUUGAAGCCGUCACUGGCACACCAGAUGAGAAGCGCCAGGGUAGGAACUCUUUGCUGGGCAACGGCUUUCACAUCCCAUCUUUACUGGCCAUCCUGUGCCUUCUACCAGCGCUGUUGGAGGCCAAGAUGAUUCCCCAGCCAACGCUACCAGACCAUGGACUUCAUGAGCGCUUGGUGGGAACAAUUUGGGAACCCGGGCGACUACAAUCCUUCCCGGAUAUCCUUGAUGGCCCCGCCGUGGUAGCCCGCAUGCAAGGCAUGUUUGCCUCCAUCGUUGUCACUAAUGACGUCUGGGCUCUUACUGCGCAGCGUCUGGAUGCAUGCCAACUCCAUCAGCUUCAAGCUUUCGCAUCAUGGCGGCGCCUUCGGGGAGAGGACUGGUGUCAACUUGGGCCUACACCUGUGUUUGGGAGGGCAAGGUCACGGGUGUUUGCAGGCCUGUCUGGCCAACGUUAUGCCCCGGAUACCUCAAAAGGCCUUGACCACUUGUUGCCUCCAGGUCUUGGACCUGAGGCACAUAUGGCCGCAGCCCAGGCAUUGCCAUCACCUUUCGCCCCACAACCUUGGCCUGGGCCUGAUGUUGAGUCCGUCAUUGAAACCAUUUGGAUUUGGCGGGAGUGCCUCCCAUUGCUUGCACAACGUCAACGCAAUAUCCUCCGAUCCAUUCACCGAGCUCUUCAACCACUGGAUCAAGCUCUACGCCCUCAUCGUUGCCUGGCUGCUUCGAAGGUGGCGGUACAGAAGAACCCGGCCUUUGUGGCCUGCCUGACAGCCCUGCUGCGCUGGCCGGCCGAUAAAUCUGACCCAGAAACCUGGAUGGGUGAUCCAGCCCAAGCCGAUUUGGAACGACUCCUACUGUCACGACCACCUCGUCUCGCCCGGGAUAUCUUGGAUAUCACCGAAGCGGAGAUGCAGAAAGGUUUCUGUGGCCCCUUGCGCUCCAAAUUGCAGAUGGAUCGUGAAUACGGACCUGGAGGAUGGAGAUUCCUUGAACGGUUCCUGGUGGUCCAACCUGAUGGAAAAAAGCGGGUUAUCGACAAUGGACGGAAAAGCGGCCACAAUGUUCACACACAAAUGCAUGAAACGAUCUCCACAGUGACCGUUGAUUUUGUGGCGACAGUGGCACGCAUGCUUUGUGACCGCAUGCAAGCACCAGUUGAGCACAUCUCCGAUAAAUAUCCUUGGUGUGCUAUGCGCCUGGGCACUGAUGACCUGCCUGACGCCUACAGGGGGCUACCUGUGCGGGAUUCCCAUCUGUGCUACUCCAACAUUGCCAUCUUCGUCCCACAGGUUGGUUGGAGAUUCACCACGCUUUAUGGCUUGGCAUACGGAUUGGAAGCAGCUGUGGUAGCCUUUAACCGGUUCCCACAACUUGGAGUAGCCAUUGCGCGUCGCUGCUUACUUAGCUGUUGUGCCGCCUACUUCGACGACGAAUUGUCCGUCGAGUUCAUCCGUGAUGCCUGCAUCUCCCAACGAGGCCUCAAGAUGGUGUUUGAGUAUAUGGGUGCACCUCCACAACCGGCCAAAUGUUUUAUGCCCUCGUACAACCGACACUACCUGGGCACAUCUGUACACGUUGGUGACGCCCUCACUCUUGGAGUGGUGCGCUUCCAGCCCAAGACAUCCACUCAAUGGAAAGUCCUAGCUCGGCUCCAACAUGCCGUGGACACCCAAUCGUUGGAUCGUGACACAGCCGGAAAGCUACGUGGAGACCUUAAUUGGAUGUGGUCCAUGUGUGCAGGCCACAUUGGCCGUAUUGCAGGUCCAGUUUUCACUGCAAAGCAAUCGUCAGAGUCCCCACAUUUGGACAACAUGCAGGUCGUUACACUACAGUUGUUGAUUGACAUUGUCAAACAUGCUCCCCCACGUGACAUUGUGGUGGCAGGCCCUCCUCAACCAGUGGUCCGUGUGUAUUCUGACGCUAGCUUUGAACAAGGUGUAUUACGCCUUGGAUGGAUCAUUUUCCAUCCUGACCACCCACCUACUGGCGGUACCUGCAUUGUCCCCCAGUCCACGUUAGAUUCCUGGAAGACCCGGAAACAACAAAUUUAUCCAGGGGAAGCUCUAUCAGCUUUGGUUGUCCCGCGCCUUCACCCACAUUUAUUCCUUGCAGCGGAUGUCCUGUGGUUCAUCGAUAAUGAAGCGGCUGUGGCCAGCUUGAUCCGUGCAAGCAGCCUCCAACCUGAUGUGCAUCUCAUUUGCCUUCUGGCUCACGCAUGGAUUUUUCGACAAGGUACCAGAAUCUGGUAUGAAUGGAUUGACAGCGCUAGCAAUCCUUCUGAUGGUCUAAGCCGGGACGGAAUCCACGAUGUCUGGACCUUGCAACAGGGUGAGCCCUCCAUGUCGGCGCCCAACGACUUCCGGACAGGGGUCUUCAACUCUACAGUCUAUCGUGACAAAGUCAUGAAGGAUAGCACCAGGUUCGUUCUUGGUGGCAACAAUGCUACAGUGGAAACCCAGAAGUGCGGACAACUCCGAGUGGAUGACGGUGACCUGGAUUUGUGCGACCAUGAUCCAGUCGCACUGGAGGUCUGUCUCAACUUUGACUUCCUCGAAGCCCUCGGAGCAACCCUCGGUUCGUUCGCCCAGAUUUUGGGAGCAAUGCAAAUCUUGGGGGAGCAAAGCCUCCGGGCACAAGAGGAGGGACGCGUGGGUCGCAGCGUCGCGCGCAGCACGCCAACCACGAAGGAUCGCCGCACAGCUGUGUCGCCCUUUCGCUCGCUGCCUGAAUUGCAUCCGCAUGAGGUGGAACUUCGAGUUGCCGUCAAGGAUCUUUCCAGGGAUGUGGCGCCCGAAAAGUUUCGGUCGAAAGCCAAAAGUGUGGGCGGCUUUGUCUUCGGGCUGUUGGUCUUCCCACAAGGGACUAAGAGUGCUCCAGAGCACGCGAGGAAGAAUCGUCCAGGAAAGAAAGAUGACGAUAAGGACAAGGACAAGGACAAGGACAAGAAAGACGAAAAAGAUGAUGAGAAAUCCAAGGUGAAUCGAACCAAGAAGGAGAAAGAAAAGGUGAAGGCGGCCCUUUUGAAGGAGGUUCCCAAAGAGAAGGACAAAGACGCAGACAAAGACGAUGCGAAGAAGGACAAGAAGGACACGCGAUGGAUCUCUGCAUUUGUCGAAGCACGUCCUACUGAAGACUAUCCCGCCCACUGGUUCUUUGAAGAUGUGCAAUUCCUGGUGUCCUUGAUCAAUUUCCAGGAUCUCAAAAAGUCCAUUGUAAAGCACGACAAGCACACCUUUUCCCCAGUGGAGUCAUCUGAUGGGAAGGCCAUAGACCGCGGUUGGCACGACUUCGUCCACUGCGACGAAGUCACCUUGCGGACCAGCGGCUUUGUGGAUUCGAAGGAUGACACCGUGUGCUUUCGUGCCUCUGUCUACCUUGCAGGGGCAAUGAAAGUGAACUCCAAGACAAAGUCGAGGUAUAUGAGCCUUGGUAAGAUCGAUCCUGCUGUGAAUGAGAAAGUUCCAAGAUAUUUGAAUAGUCUCGUGCAAGUCUGGUACCACCUCGGGCUCUUCAGAAAUGCCAUCUACUCCGCGUCCAUCACUGGGCCAGGGCAGAAGAAAACCAGUGUUCUUCCGGCACUGCGGGAAGUCUUUGUCCGGCUGCAGCACCGCACAUUGGCGGCAUCCUGCUCACCAUUGUGCAGCGCCUUCGGAAGAAAAACCUGGUCCAAGAUGUGCAAGGCCGACGCCGAUUCCUUCUGCACCGAGAUCUUCCAAAGCCUCCAAGCCGAGUUCAUCCCCUCCGCGGAGGUUUUGAAGGCGGAAGAGGCUGGAGCGAAGGCUGCUGGCAAGGCGAAGGCCAAGGCCAAGGCCAUUCCGCGAGUGGUGGAAGUGCCACUGGAGAACAGGGCCUUGUGGGAGACGAUUCAGGAGAUGUUUGAAUUCGAGGUGGAGUGGAUCGCGCAAGCCAUCGAUGGCGGAGAUUUCUCUGAUAGUCAUAUCUACCAGGGGCCUUGCUUUACCUUGGUUGUUCGAGGCUUCACCUGUUUGGAAGACACCUUGGACCACUACUUUUCUCCCAGAAUUAUCGAAGAUGGUUCUGGUCUGCGCGUCAAGACCAUGCGCAAGUUUCGACGAAUGCCCAAUGUGCUGCAGUGGUGCCUCAAGAGAGGUGACUAUGACUGUGGCACCGGCCUCUCGGGCGUGACGGAAACCUUCCUGAGCUUCCCCAGACAAAUCGACAUGGGCAAGUACUCUGAAGGUGCGGGGCUGUACCACCUUUAUGCUAUCAUGGUCGAGUGCGACGAUCACUUUCUGUCCUAUAUCCGGCCAGAGAUGGAAGGUGACCGGGGGCAAUGGUACCGCUUCGACGAGCGUGAGAGCUCCUGCGCGGUCUCCAACGCCACGGCCGUGGACUCGUCCUUCGGUGGGGAGGAAUGGCUCUGCGUGAACUAUUUGUACGGCCCCUCCGCCGUGCUGAAACGUCCCAGGGAGUCUCGGGCCUCAAUGCUCAUCUAUGCCAAGGACGACAUGCUUCGCACCUUGCUGCGCGAGCCGCGGCUUCCCAAACUUUGCCCAGAGUUGCAUAUGCCUUUGCAGCGCGAAAUGCCGCAGGCGGGCUCCGUGGAGCUUGAAGCCGCCAACCGGGCGGAAGCGGAGCUCUUGGAAGUGGUGGAUGCUGAGCUCUUGGCCGAGGUGCGAAAGAAAAAGGCCAAGCAAAAGAAGAAGCAGAAGGAGAAGCAAAUUAAAGAGCGCAAAAAUCAGGCCAGAACUGAAGAAACCGAAGCGACCGAAGCAACCAAUGAAAAAGAUGAGGCUGAGAGCGAGGAAGAGGAAGAAGAGGAGGAAAAACCUGCAAAGGUGGACCUACAGGAGGUGGAGGCCAGGGCAAUGAAUACGCCGACCGAAUUCGAUGAAGAAGGAUUUGAAGAGAAUCUUCGCGCCGCGCGUGGCAAGAAAGCUCGAGGUGCUGCUAAAGCAAAAGCAGGGCCGGCGCCUGCAGAAAGCAACAACAAAAACAAGAAGAAGGAGAGUCAGGCCUAUCCGGCGUACCCUUCCCCGGGCCUACCGGCUGCGCCGCAGCCGGCGCCGGUGACGCCGAUGGUUGCCACGGCUUCGGCGAAGGAGCCGGUGGUGGAUGAUAACAAGUCAGCCAGCGAAGGCCGACGUUCGCCACGCAGUAGCGAUGCCGGUAGCACUGCAGGGAGUGUGGCCAAAGGGGCUCUUCGUGGCGAGCAGAAGUCCGGGGGACAACAGGUCAAGACCCUGACGCCCAGCGAGGGCGGUGCCCCCAACGCACCCAAUGCGACCGGUGGUACCCCGAACCUGGGGAAUGCCGCCGCGAACGGCCCCAGGCCGAAUGGGACUGCUCCGGCGCGAGUCAAUGGAGUGCCUGCCUCUGCCCAGUCCAAGCCUGCCAGGGCGGAACCCAAAGCCAGAGAGCAGCCGCAACCAGGCCCUGCUGCCACGCCUGCCGCAGCACAGCCCCUUGUGCAAGCGACUCACGCGGCGCAAGCAGCGCAAGGGGCGCAAGCGGCGCAAGCCCGUCCUCCGGCCAUUGCCCAUGCCGCCAGCAUUUCCUCUGUGGCCACAACGGCCGAGAUGGGCGAAGGCACAGAACGACAUCACCCAUCGUCUUCUUCCAGAUCCUUGCCCAAGGAUGACGGGGUGAAGAUCUACCCAGAGCAACUCAUUGCUGGGGAAAACCUGAUGGAUGACUAUGCGCAGUUCAUUUGUGCCAUUUGCAAGCUGGUUGCACGGCAUCCGGUGAUGAUGCGCUCAUGCGUCCACAUCUUCUGCGACAGUUGCUUUCGGCAGUAUGUGAACGAAACACGACCCAAUGUUUGUUGUCCCACCUGUCAACAAGCGGUGAAAAAGGACGAUGUGGUGAAGUUGGAAUCGGCCACUGGCGCUGGCUUAGCGUUGCUGCAUCGACUUUACAGCGGGAUGAAGGUGCGCUGCGUGUAUCAUCCGGAGACCGGUGAGGUGGACUCCCCCGAGGUGGCUAAGGCCAAGCGAAAUCGCCUCAGCUGCAAGUGGAGUGGGGCCUUGCUGGACUUCACCGUUCACUUGGGCAACUGCCAGGUGCAUGCAGCUGUCUGUGAGCCUCGAGGCAACCCCGGCAGAGGUUUGAGCGACGGUGGUCUCGCGUCGGCGUCAGCGCCGCGGGAAGCACGGGAAGCGCGGGAAGCACGGUCGCUGCGGGGGAUCUGCGUGGUGACCGAACCGUACCAGGUGGCCACUCCCGGCACCCUGUCAGUCCAACGCGGGAUGCAUGUUUGGGUCAAUGACGUGGGGGAGCACCAUGCCGAAUGGGCCUGGGGACAGCUCUACCAGGACUUCCAAACAGUGUCCGACCCAGCCUGGGUACCGCGCUGUGUUCUGAAGCAAGCGCUCUACUGGGUGCGGGGUCCGUUUGAUCGCGAGGGGCAACCCGCGGCGCAAACCUCCUACCUGCACUUGUGGGGGAGCGAGGUGGUGACUGUGGAGAAUUUCAAUAAUGGCUGGACCUACGGUACGAAAAUGGCAGGGCCUCACUACAACCAACCAGAGGAGUCCGGGUGGUACCCACAGGCAUGCAUUGGCAACCCAUUGGAAUAA